UAACAUUAAAUUACUCGAAAACUAAGCGAAAUAUCAAAAAAUUUUACUUGUUCUUUUCGUUUUCUUUUGUCGAGUUCUAUAAGAAACCGUCGUCAGAUUGCGGCGCCACGGAAACAGCAGUAUUGCCCUUAUAUCGAGACUUUUACGAUGAUCGUAACUGAAUUAAAAUUAUUUUGCGAAAUCAAAGCACAUUGAAUAGCAUUAGGCCAUCUGAUUUUGACAUUUUAGGGACGAAAAAUGCAUAGCUUUUGUUUUUUCUCUACAGGUAGUAGUACUGUUCAAUGUGCCUGGGCGGAAGUGGAAAAAGUAGGAGUGGCAAAGGUCAAAUUAAAACAUUUUAAUAUGAAUGAAUACGCGCACAUCCAUCACAACAUUUUUCUUCAUCAAAAAUGGACUUAUUAACUUGUUAACAUGUUUUCAUUUAAGUUUUUAAUGUAUUGUUCACAUAUUAAUUAAAAUUCAGUACUCUUUCUAAUAUAUGUAUGUUGCACUUCGAUACUUGUUUGCGGAGAGCAGCUAUUUCAGUCAACGGUUAUCAGCGAAGUGAUAAGCAGUUUAAUUGUUCACGGUUUAUGUCUGCGCGAUUUCAACUCAUUUCAUAUUUAAAUUAAUUAUUGUUCUCAAUUAGCAUGAAUACAAAAUCGGUAUCAUUUCCAUUAUUUUUACUUAUUAGCAUAAUAUUAAUAUUUUGUGCCGCAUUGCCAAGAGUGGAGAUUGGGGAUUUGCAAUUACAAUAUUUAAAACGAGCUCGCCGUCAAAUCGAUAUAAAUUUGUCUGCUGAACAUGAUGACAAAGAAGAUGAAACAGAAAUAGCUUUAGAAGCUAUAGCCAAUCUGUGGCGUAGUGCUGACAGUAAAACACAGAUUGAAGGAGCAGCCAAAGUGGUACAUAGCAGUAGUUCGCAGCGCGCGGGAAAUACACGUUUUUCAGGACGUUUACAUGUUCAUCACGAUUACAGAAGAAAGUGAUUUGGUUAAUUAGUUGGUAAAUGGCAUUUUUAGUUGAAAAAUUAUUGUUUUCAACUAUAUUAGUUCAGCUAGUUAUUAAGAUAAUAUAUGCAGUAUUUACUUACUAAAUAAAAUGUAUACCAUGAGCUAAUAAAUAAAUUAUUUAUUGAUUCAUCGUCUUAGAA